GGGGAGCGGAUGGGGCUGGCUGCAUAACACCUGGAAAAGAGGCUCGAGCACCGGUUUCAGCAGCCUCACAGCAGCCCCUAAUUUCAGUAGUAUUUUCAUGUAUUGAACACAACAAACGCCUUGGGGCUUACGGAGUUCUUAUUCGUAGCCGCCCUAUUAGAAUUUUUCACUUAUUUUAAAGAGAACACAUGCCUGUUUGAACAGCAACUAUAUUCACUGUCGUAUGUGUUGAGGAAAGCUGGUAAGUUCUGUCUCCAGUAAAAGCUACUGUAAUGAACUUGUGACUUAACCGGAGCAGCUGCUUUUGUGCAUUUGACAUCCAGAAUCUUCUUGUGUGUUUCACCAACAAUUGCAUGCCAUAUGCAGCCUUUUACAGAGACGACUGUACUUUUUUGUACUCCUAUGUACUCUUAAGAGGUGUACUCUGAGAUCUUAUUCUAUGAUGGCAAAAUGUCUGUAUGGAAAUAAACAUACUAUUGAGUCCCACUCAGGUACCUCAAUUCUUAAAGUUUGGGAGUGCUGUGAAAUUAAGACAGUCGUCUAAUGAAUUAGACUUUCCAGAGAAAAUAAAUAAAUACUAUUUUUUAACUGUUUGUUAAAUUUUGUUUUAUUUUAACUGUUACAUUGUUUGACUGUUGUAAAUUUUAACUGUUUUUUAAAUUUGAUAAACAUUUGUUAGAUGUUUAUGUUGUUAAUCAGUAGUCCCAGGGCACUGGAGGAACUUGAGAUGUCAUAGGAUAGUAUAGGUGCAUAUAGAUAGAUGUAGUUCAGGAGGUGGUAUUCAAUUUCACAGUUAAGUCUCAGUGGAAAUAAACUGAGAAAAUAGGAAAGGGGAAAAAAACAAAAGAGGACUUUUUUAUGCAUUUAGGUCAAAGUGGUGCAGACACAUCAAAACUGGUGCACAAGCUCAGGUCUUUACAUGGGCCAAAAAGAAAGAUGACUAACGUAUUCUCCAGCACAGUGUGUCAGACAUCUCUUUAUAAUUUAUUUUUUUUAAAAAAAACUAACUAGUUACCUGCUUUGUAUUUAAGAUAGUUCAGGACAAAGAUAUGAGUAAAUUAUGUUAGUAACUAGCUUAUCACUGCUUAUGUGCUUUGGUUUUUUCCUUUUAUCAGAAUUAUCCAUGGGUAAACUCUAAGACUGUGUUUAUUUGCUGUAAUAGGUUUAAAACUUAAAUUAACCCCUACCUUAUUGGACUCAGAAUCUGAAAGUGUUAAUCUAAAACAAGAAAUAUGUAAACAUUCAUAAUGAAUGCUAACAUUCACUAGCUACGUGCAAUUUACUUGUAAGUCUGCUGUAGGACAAAUGAUAGUUCAGGGUGCAUGCAAAUGCUUAGUCCUAACCUAAAGAAUAUUUUAAAGUGCGUUUAGUCACUUAAAUCUAUGUGUUAACAUGCCAUUUGGAAUACUUAUGUACCAGUAAUAAAGAUGUGAUUCAUACCUUAUUUUCUGAACGGAACUAAUACAGUAUUUUGAUGUAUCACAGGUAAAUUUUUCCAUAACCUUAUGGAGAAAAAGGACUUUGAAGCAUGGCUUGAUAACAUUUCUAUUGCAUUUCUUUCUCUGACGGACUUGCAGAAAAAUGAAACUCUGGAUCACCUGAUUAGCUUGAGUGGAGCAGUCCAGCUCAGGCACCUCUCCAAUAAUCUAGAGAUUCUCCUCAAGAGGGACUUCCUCAAACUUCUUCCAUUGGAACUUAGUUUUUAUCUGUUAAAAUGGCUUGAUCCGCAGACCUUACUCACGUGUUGCCUCGUCUCUAAGCAGUGGAACAAGGUUAUAAGUGCCUGUACAGAGGUGUGGCAGACUGCUUGUAAGAAUUUGGGUUGGCAGAUAGACGACUCUGUUCAGGAUCCUCUACAUUGGAAGAAGGUUUACCUAAAAGCUAUUUUAAGGAUGAAGCAACUGAAGGACCACGAAGCCUUUGAGACAUCCUCUUUAAUUGGACACAGUGCCAGAGUAUAUGCACUUUACUAUAAAGAUGGACUUCUGUGUACAGGAUCAGAUGACUUGUCUGCAAAACUGUGGGAUGUAAGCACAGGUCAGUGCAUAUACGGUAUCCAGACACACACUUGUGCUGCAGUGAAGUUUGAUGAACAAAAGCUUGUAACAGGAUCUUUCGAUAACACAGUAGCCUGUUGGGAAUGGAGCUCUGGGGCAAAGACGCAGCAUUUUAGAGGACAUACUGGUGCAGUUUUUAGUGUGGAUUACAAUGAUGAACUUGAUAUUCUGGUCAGUGGCUCUGCAGACUUCACUGUGAAAGUAUGGGCCUUAUCAACAGGAACGUGCCUGAAUACCCUUACUGGACACACAGAAUGGGUCACUAAGGUCGUUUUGCAGAAGUGCAAAGUCAAAUCACUUAUGCAUAGUCCUGGGGAUUAUAUUCUCCUAAGUGCAGAUAAGUAUGAAAUCAAGAUUUGGCCUAUUGGAAGGGAAAUAAACUGCAAGUGCUUAAGAACACUGUCUGUUUCUGAAGACCGAAGCAUCUCCCUACAGCCCAGACUGCACUUUGAUGGUAAAUACAUAGUGUGCAGUUCAGCACUAGGAUUAUACCAGUGGGACUUUGCCAGCUAUGAUAUUCUCAGGGUUAUCAAACCUCCAGACUUCUCAAAUGUGUCGUUGCUGGGCUUUGGAGAGAUAUUUGCUCUACUGUUUGACAACAGAUACCUGUAUAUAAUGGACUUGAGGACAGAAAAACUGAUAAGCCGCUGGCCUUUGCCAGAAUAUAGAAAGUCAAAGAGAGGUUCAAGCUUUUUGGCUGGUGAAAUGUCUUGGUUAAAUGGACUAAAUGGCCAAAAUGAUACGGGCUUGGUUUUUGCCACCAGUAUGCCAGACCAUAGUAUCCAUUUGGUGUUAUGGAAAGAACAUGGCUGAAAAGCUCACACAUACAGAAUCUUCAGGAAUAUAUGGCCUAUCGGCAGUGUGUCCGUAAAACAAGACUUUGCAUGAACCAAAGUUGCACACCCAAUGGUAUCAUCAUGCAAUGCACAAUCAUUUACUUUUAUUUGGGCAUUUGGGAGUGGGUUGUUUUGGACAUAAUGCAAUGCAGCAUGCUAACAGUAUUCACCACAAAUUUUUGUCUAUAUUCAUGUUUAAAUAUACCUAUUUGGGCUCUGAAGUAUAGCUUGUAAUGUUUAAACCAUUCAAAUCUGCUAUCAAGUCUGAAAUCAAGUUGUGCUUGACCUGACUUUGGACCUUUUUUUUGUUGUUGAAACAGAAGGUGAAGCUAGUAUUUUAGAACCAUAGGCUUUUGUACGUGUAACAGCAAAUAGUGGUUACAGUGCAUGGCUGCUUAACAAAAAUGAGAAAAUAGCAAACCCUUUCUCUCUCCAGAAUCAUUCUCUUAAAUGUUUUUCCAUACGGUAGCUUUAAAAACCUUUGAAACAGGAGAAGUAAAUGAGUCCUUUAAAUAGGAUAAGAUACCUGAUCAUUCAAGUUCAGGAAUAUGUCAGUGUGAUCUGUCCUCAGCAAGAGUGAUGCACCUUUUCAUCUGUCUGAUAGAGCUUGUGAUUGGAGAACCUCUGACAUUCGUCAUCUUGCUAACAGUAACUCAGAAUGGCUUGAUUGGUAUUUUAUAGUCCUUAUUUCCUAGAGUUUGUGUUAAAACAUAAUUUAGUUCACAUGAAGGGGAAGGUGAUUUUCAGUCUUUACAGAGAGUCGCUUUCUUACAUUAAAUGAUGUCUACCAGCCA